AUGGAAAAAAAAAUUAAGUUACUCUUAUUUAAUAAUAUUGCUGCGUUUAUUCUCUUAACAGGGAUAUACAAUUUUAGCAUUUAUAUUAGUGAAUAUCAUAAAUUUUCGGAACAGAAUCAUACAUAUGGUAAAAAAUUAAAUAUAGGGAAUUAUCGAUUAUUAGCAAAAUGUAAACAAAAUAUGGAUACAUGUCCUAUGAAAUUAAAGGAAUGGAUAUCGAAUAAUGAUAUGGAUGAGAGAAAAGAUAUAUCUAAUAAUGAAAGGAAGUAUGCAGAAAUAAAAAAACAAUCAAAUGGUAGUUUAUCAAAUAAUAGGAAAGAUCAUAAAAAACAUAACAAAAAUAAAUCUUGUAUAUUUGAAACAAAAAAAUAUUCCCGUAUGGAAAAAAAAAUAUUUAAAGAACUUGAUUAUGCAGAUUUUCUUAAAAACAACAGGACAAUUAGUGAUAAGAUUUAUAAAAAAAUAAUGCGUAAAAAGUACGGAUUUCGAUUAAGUUUACCUAUAUUUUUUGUUGUUUUGUUAUCCAUAUUACUUUUACUAGAUUUAUUCGUGGGUUAUGGACUUAUAAAUGGUUUGUUUUAUGUUUUGAAUAUUAUUGCUCCAACAGUGGUAUCACAACCUACAAGUGGUGUGAAGCCUUUACAAGAAAUGUUAAGGCCAUUACAUGCAUGGUUGAAAAAUUCCCCUUUUGGUUCUUUCUUUAAAUCAGCUUCUCAAGUAGCAGGGAGCGCAGGCAAACCUAAUGUAGAUAAACAUUAUUAUAUAACCGGUUUCUUUGGUUUUCUUAUAUACUUCAUACCCGUCUUUAUAAUAGGUGUCACAUGUAUAUUAGGUAUUUUUUACUACCAUAAAAAAGUUAAAAAGUAUGAAAAAAUUAAGUUUAGAAAAGGGUAA